AUGACAAUCGCAGCCGCCACACCAAAAAAUACAAUCCUAUCGACCGGAACCGCUGGUCAAUCCUCGUCCACAUUACCCCUUGUUCCUCCUCUAUACGCCUUACUCCUGGCCGAUGAUGGUUCACCCGAUAAAUCCAAUACGUAUGUCCGCAUCCCGCUUGGUAAUCAGCCUUGUAUCCUACGUUUCGUAUUAAGGAAAGGAUCUCUUGCUGCUACAUCAUCAUCCACUUUACCACGCUUGCAUACGACGUAUCCCAUCCAAGGACCGUUUGAUCGAGCAACGUUCCAUGCCGUCGAAUUCGAUGCCGAUGGUAUAUGUGACAUUCCCUUGUUGACACCUGGUGCAUUCGAAUACCAUGUUACGUUCGAGAACAACACAAAGAGUGAGCGUGUGGGCUAUUUUGUGGUGGAGCCACGAUUGUAUCAAUCCUCUUCUCAUAAACAAUUACCGCUGGAUGCCAUUAUGAUCGAAUCAAUGAUCCCAAAAUGGAUGGGCCCACUUGCUCGGUGGCAACCGCACAUCGAUCUUGUCCAGCGAAGUGGCUACAACAUGAUCCAUUUUGCACCCAUGCAACAACGUGGAUCAUCCGAUUCACCUUACAGCAUUCGCGAUCAAUUGCUGUUUGCCGAUGAUUUGUUUGAUAACCCCAACCUCUUGUCGCGUGAGGAUCGUCUCAAAGAAGUGCGUCAAACCAUCUUCAAUAUUCAACAUGAGCAUGGCAUUUUAUGCUUGUCGGAUGUUGUGUGGAACCAUACAAGCCAUGAUUCCGUUUUCCUUCAAGAUCAUCCAGAUGCAGGUUACAACCUUGAAAAUUCACCCCAUUUGGUACCAGCUUAUGAAUUGGACACUGCAUUGCUCGAGCUAUCGAAAAGCAUAGACCAACAUGGAUUACCACAACGCCUUGAAACGAAGCAGGAUGUCGAUAACGUCAUGUCGCAUAUCAAAGAUAGCAUCUUUCCUCAACUCAAACUUUGGGAAUACGACAUCAUUGAUGCUGAAAUAGCCAUUCAGGAAUUCUCAUCAGCCAUUACGCAAUUAUCGUCAUCGUAUGAAGCACACAAAGACGUGUACAAAGGAGAGGAGGACGUGGCAGAAGAACCUAUCAAACGACAAGCCGAGCUAUUUGGUGCAUACGCAAUCAUUGAAGGUACCCAUGGAACACGUUUUCAUCGAUCAGUUGAUAUUCCUCGUGCCAUUGCUUUUGUACGAUCCUAUGCAAAAGAAGACCAAUACAAGGCUGUGUUUCAGAAGUUGAUCGAACAAUACAAUCUUGUUUGGUACGAGUUGUAUGACAACGACGUCAAGAUUGCAUUGGAUAACAUCAAGAACCGGAUUACGUAUCUCCGAAUCGAUGACAAUGGGCCCAAAUGGGGUGAGAUCAGUGAAAGCUCUCCCCUUGUAGAAAGCUAUUUUACGCGUGUUAGCGAGAGCAUUCAAGUGGCCAACAAUGGAUGGAUUUGGGAUGCGGAUCCUUUGGAAGAUUUUGCAGGUCCAGAAUCUCGUGCGUAUCUCCGGCGACAAGUGAUUUGUUGGGGUGAUUGUGUAAAGCUGCGCUAUGGCAAAUCAUUUGAUGACAAUCCAUGGCUCUGGGACCACAUGCGCCAGUACACCGAACAAGUGGCAUCACUCUUUCAUGGUAUUCGUAUCGACAAUUGCCAUUCGACACCAUUGCAUGUAGCCGAAUACUUGUUGGAUUGUGCACGUCGUGUAAGACCUGAUUUGUAUGUCAUUGCCGAAUUGUUCACGGGUUCACCCGAAAUGGAUGAACGUUUUGUAUCGCGUCUUGGCAUCCAUGCACUCAUUCGUGAAGCAAUGCAAGCUUGGGAUCCUCAUGAAAUGUCACGCCUUGUCCAUCGCCAUGGUGGAAAACCAGUGGGUAGCAUGGAUCAAUUCAUUCGUUGGAAACGCAUUAUCAAGGGUGGCAACGAAUACAUGCUUAUCCCAAUUGAGCAUGGUAGCAUGCCCCGUGCCCUGUUCAUGGAUUGCACCCACGAUAACAAAACCCCAUUUCAAAUGCGUACGGCAGAGGAUGCAUUGGCCAAUUCGGCAUUGGUGGCCUUUGCGGAUUGUGCAACAGGCAGUGUCAAGGGAUACGACGAGAUUUAUCCACACCUAUUAGACCUUGUUGGUGAAAAACGACAUUAUUCACCCAAUGUGGAUACUUCCACCACAGGCAUUAUGCGUAUCAAAGAACGACUACAGCACCUGCACAUGAAGAUGGCAUUGGAAGGAUAUCGAGAAGUGCAUGUACAUCAUGAAGGUGACUAUGUAUUGGUGCAUCGCCAACAUCCACGAACCCACGAUGGCUAUUUCUUGGUGGCACGAACCGCUUUCCCUGAUAAACAUGGAUCCAUCGACCCCAUUCGUUUACAUCGCACUCGUUUAUCUUUUAUGUUUGGAGCAUCGUUGCAUGUUGACACGGCUACAGCUGCUCCCUUGGAUACAAAACAUCUUGUUGGCUUACCAAGUGUGCUAGCAGAUUUGCCUGAACCACCUAUCCACAGCCGCGAAAAUGGUUUCAUUGAGAUUGAGUUACCCUCUGAUUUUACACCAGGAUCCAUUCUUGUGUUCCAAACAUUUGCACAGAUCCAUGAUACGAGCAACGUUACACAGCUGGUCACCACCAUGCCGGGAUCGGUAUUGGAAUCAAUGGAUGUGCUUGAUUGCAACGUGGUGUUGUAUCGUUGCCAAGGCGAAGAAUUUGACGCUACAAACGGUGGUGGUGUAUAUGAAGUUCCAGGAUGGGGGAAAAUGACAUACGCUGGAUUGGAAGGAUUCAUGGCUGUAUUGCGACCGAUCAUCCGUGACAAUGACCUUGGACAUCCAUUUUGUGAUAACCUACGCAAAGGACAUUGGGCUAUGGAUUAUAUUCAAAAUCGGCUUGAGGAAUAUCAAAACAACUUUGAACAUCAUCAUUUGAAGCCAUUGAUUGAAUGGUUUAACUCACGCUUUGGUGUCAUUCGUGGAUUGCCUGAUUUUUUGGUGCCAAAGUACUUUAGCAUGGCUGUGCAUACUGCAUACGAACAUGUGCGAGAUCAUGCAUUGCAAUGUAUGGCACCAUUUGUGCAUGCAAGUCUUGAUCCGUUUAUCCAUCAACUAGCACUAUGUAGUGUGCAAAUGCUAGGUGUUGUCCCAUCCACCUCACUCGAACCAAUCAAGAUCACCCCCACACUCGCUGCUGGAUUGCCACAUUUCACUCAUGGUUGUAUGCGUACAUGGGGACGAGAUGUUUUUAUUUCAUUACGUGGCUUGCUAAUGGUCACUGGUCAAUGGGAUGCUGCACGACAACACAUUCUUGCUUUUGCAUCAACAUUACGCAAUGGCUUGUUGCCAAAUUUAUUGGAUGCUGGUCGUAAUCCUCGAUACAAUGCACGUGACGCUGUUUGGUGGUUCAUGCAAUCGGUCCAAGAUUACUACAAACUUGCACCUAAUGGCGCUGACAUCUUGAAGGCCAAAGUCCAACGCCGAUUUCCUCGCGACUAUGAAUGGGUAUCACACGACCAUGGCUAUGAUUGGGAGUGUACACUUGCCGAAUUGAUACACGAAAUCAUGCAGCAACAUGCCAAAGGAAUCCAUUUCCGAGAACACAAUGCUGGACCUACUAUCGAUCAACAGAUGAAGGAUGAAGGAUUCAAUAUCGAUAUUGAAGUUGAUUGGGAAUCAGGUGGUGUGUUGAUCGGCGGCAAUAUCUGGAAUUGUGGCACGUGGAUGGAUAAGAUGGGCGAAAGCGAAAUGGCUGGCAACAAGGGGUAUCCUGGUACACCACGUGAUGGUGCUCCCAUUGAAAUCACUGGAUUACUCAAAAGCGCCUUGCGUUGGCUGUCAUCAUUGUGUAAUACUGAUGUCUUUCCAUGGAAGGGCGUUGACCGAGCCAACGGAAAAACAAUUACGUAUUCUGAAUGGAACGAUCUAUUACAAAGCAACUUUGAACGCAUCUAUUUCGUGCCAAGAGAACCCGACCAAGACACAAACUAUGCUGUCGAUCCAUCUAUUGUUCAUCGUCGAGGGAUAUACAAGGACGUCUAUGGGGCUACUGAACCAUAUACUGAAUAUCAAUUUAGACCCAAUUUGUGUGUUGCCAUGGUUGUUGCACCUGAAUUGUUUAACCGUCAACAUGCCAAACAAUGCCUACAAUUGAUGCACAAGGUGUUGCUCGCCCCCUUAGGCAUGUGCACCCUUGAUCCAGCGGACAUGCGUUAUCGCCCAUAUUACAUUAACGGUGAAGACUCUGACGACUUUGAUACCGCUAAAGGGCGUAAUUACCAUCAGGGACCUGAAUGGAUAUGGCCCGUUGGCUACUAUUUGCGCGCUGCUUAUCAAUUCGGUGCUCUUUCCUCUUUGGCUAUUGCUCGCGUGCUUCAUGCCCAUCGUCAAGAAAUCGAAACGAGUACUUGGGCCGGCUUACCAGAACUCACGAAUAAGAAUGGCGAGACAUGUUGGGAUUCAUGCUUUUCACAAGCUUGGUCAGCUGCAACCAUUUUGGAUCUUUUGCAUGACAUGCAACAACAAUAA